UUUACCCCUCCACCCUCCACCCCUCCUCGGCGCGGCUCGGCUCGGCUGCAAAUCGCAGGCUUUCCCCGAGCAGCCUAGGAGAGGCGGCGGGCGUAGAGAAGGCGGCGGGAGGAGCGCAGCAGGCGGGCCGCGCCGAGCGCUCGGGCAGCGGCGGCGGCGGCGUCGCUCGAGCAAUCCCGGAGGCGCCGCGGCGCCCGGCGCGCCCUAGCUCGACUAGGAACGCAGUGAAGCCGGGGCUGCAGCGGGGCGAGGAGGAGGAGAGUGCGCGCGUGUGUGUGCGUGUGUGCGAGAGUGUGGGGGGCGACGGUCUCGCAUCGGAGCGGAGGAGAGGGCAGGGGAACCGGGGCGCGGCCCCCGGGCGCCCCCGCCGCUCCCCGAGGUUUUCCCGCGGCGGCGCCCGCUCCCCGGCGCCCCUCACCAUGGACUCGCGCCGAGUUGGGACGCGCCUCGGCAGCAGCGCGCGGGUAACUGCCCGGCCCUGGGGCUGCGCGGGCGCGCGCGCGGGGAUGGCGAGGUAGGAUGGCCGCCCAGCGCGACCCUUGCCGCCCCAACCCAGCGGCCGCCGGGCGGUGCAGCUGACUCGCUGGAGCGCAUAGGGGUGUGGGCGGAGGCGGCCCCGCCGCGCCCGCGCCUUCGGGAGUCGCUUUGCCUCUUCCACCCACUCGCACCUGCCACCGCGCGGAUACCAUGUCUAAGGCGGCCGGAGGUCCGGCAGCGGCGGCGGCUGCGGAAAGUUGUCCCUCGGCUUCUGCCGGCCCGUCCGCCGCCGCCGCGGUGGAGGACCUGUCCAAAGUGUCGGACGAGGAGCUGCUGCAGUGGAGCAAGGAGGAGCUGAUCCGCAGCCUGCGGCGCGCCGAGGCGGAGAAGGUGAGCGCGAUGCUGGACCACAGCAACCUCAUCCGCGAGGUGAACCGCCGCCUGCAGCUGCACCUCGGCGAGAUCCGCGGGCUCAAGGAUAUCAACCAGAAACUCCAGGAGGACAACCAGGAGCUGAGGGACCUCUGCUGUUUCCUGGAUGAUGACCGGCAGAAAGGCAAGAGGGUGUCCCGGGAGUGGCAGAGACUGGGCCGCUACACGGCUGGGGUGAUGCACAAGGAAGUGGCCUUAUACCUGCAGAAGCUGAAGGAGCUGGAGGUGAAGCAGGAGGAGGUGGUGAAGGAGAAUAUGGAGCUCAAGGAGCUCUGCGUGCUGCUCGACGAGGAGAAGGGCGCCGGCUGCGCGGGCAGCCGCUGCUCCAUCGACAGCCAGGCCAGCCUGUGCCAGCUCACCGCCUCCACCGCGCCCUACGUGCGGGACGUGGGCGACGGCAGCAGCACCUCCAGCACCGGCAGCACCGACAGCCCGGACCACCACAAGCACCACGCCAGCAGCGGCAGCCCGGAGCACCUGCAGAAGCCCCGGGGCGAGGGCAGCCCCGAGCGCGCCAAGCACCGCAGCACCAGCCCCGAGCAUCUGCAGAAACCCCGAGCCGCCGGAACCCCGGAUCACCCCAAAGCACUCAAAGGACCCAGUCCCGAGCACCACAAACCCAUGUGCAAGGGCAGCCCUGAGCAGCAAAGGCCCCCGCACCCCGGGAGCAGCCCUGAAACGCUGCCCAAGCACGUGCUGAGCGGGAGCCCAGAACACUUUCAGAAGCACAGGCCCGGGGGCAGCCCGGAGCACGCGAGGCACAGCGGAGGGAGCCCCGAGCAUCUGCAGAAACACGCCCUCGGCGGGAGCCUGGAGCAUCUACCCAGAGCCAGGGGCACCAGCCCUGAGCACCUCAAACAACAUUUUGGGGGGAGCCCCGAUCACAAACACGUGGGCGGAGGAGGCGGAGGCAGCGGCGGAGGCAGCAGGGAGGGUACUCUCCGAAGACAGGCGCAGGAGGACGUGUCCCCCCAUCACCGGAGUGUCUACAGUGGCAUGAACGGUGGGUUGUGUGGAGGAAACUUGGAGAUGCUGCAGGUUCCUGUCCUGGGAUUAGGCAACAUUUGUCUGGAAACCAGUACAAAGGACCGAUGUGAAAGGCAGUCUUUCAAACAAGAGAUCACCACUGCCAGAGAGAGAGAAAAGAAGAGAAAAGUGGGUUUCCACAAACCUGGACUCAUUGAAUAACCUGGAGUGAUUGUACAUUGCACAUAUUUUCCCUCUAAAACCUUUAGUAUUACUGACGCUGUAUUUCAUCUCUCAUUUCCAUGUCCACAACAGCUCAUCUCAAGUCAAUUUCAGACAGCUUUGAAAAUUACCAUUUGGGUACCAGUAUUUUCAUUAGAACUAAAAUGUUUUUGACUCCUCAGAUCUAAGAUUGUCACUGGGAAACCUGCAUGAUUGGAAGAAUCCAGUUUGGUGGAGUUGACUCAUUGCACAGAACGGUGGGACUUUUCGACCAUACUGUGUUGAGGAAGAGGUGUCUUCCAGCUUUCCAAGUUUGAGAGGCAGGCACCUAUUUCUUCUAUUAUAGUCAACUAUUAUGAAUUCCUGAUGCAUAAUGAAUUUGAAUGUAAGAUAAGGUUUCUGGGAUAUUUGUUUUGACUUUUGAGGUGCUAAAAAUACUAUAUAAAUUCUCUUUACCAGCUAGAAGCGUAGCAAGACUUUGUGGAGUGCAUAUCAGAGAGUACCAUUUAUUUUAAGGGAUCGGGAUAAAUAUAGCUUUUCUUUUAAUCUUGCUAUAUUCAUGAAGACACAUGUUGGGGCUAUACCAACUUCCAUAUUCAUUCAGUGUAUCCAUUGAUGUUAAUAUUAAUUCCAAUUAAAGAACAAGCAAACAUAAUUUUUCUAAGUGUUUCCAGCUGUGAGAUGUCAAUUUCUACAAUUUAGUUUCUAGAUCUGCUGUUAUAUUUAAUAAACUUUAUGUAAACUUUAAAAUACUGCACCGCAUUUAUGAAAAAGCUUUCUUUGCCUACAGCAGCUAACAGUUUUAUGAAACUGACGCAUGUCCUUCAUUGAGGCUAAAAGCUCUUGUUCAGAUUGCUUGAGGUUUGAAAACGAGGUGUGCUAGCUUUGCUUAGUUUCUUAUUUUUGGUAUAUAUAUAUAUAUAUAUAUACACACAUAAUAUUAGACUGUGUGUAUUGGAAAUGCUAUGAUAGGUAUUGUGUUUUUUCAGAUGCAAUGAUAGUUUCUUGUAUGAAUGUGCAAGAGGCCUGUGACAGAAUGCUAAGUUUUUAUUGUAGUUUACGAUUAUAAAAGUAGGAAUGCAACAAUUCCCAGUUUUUAGAUUUCUUCUAAAUUACUCAGAUUGGCUUCAUAGCAGAUAUUCAUUGUUGCUGUUGUUUUUAAAUGGACUCAUUACAGUAUUAAUUGUUAUUGGUGAAGAAAUGUGAAGGAAUUUCAUUACACUUAAAAUGUUACUGUGAUGAAAAAACAGCCCUCUGUUUUCCGAAAAUAUUUAUGAAUUAAUUUACUAUAGAAUUAUCUAAUUAUUGUAAUUGGGUUAUCAGUUAAGCUCAUCUUUCUUUUGAAAUGUUAUAUUAUUACUCUGUAAAAGAAAACUGCUUGCUAUAUUUAUACCUUCUCUUGUAGAAAAGCUUUCAUCCUUAAAUUGUUGUAUUCCUACGCUCUGAAGACAUUUAAAACAAGUUUUUGUGCCUGCAGUAGACACUGCAGAGAGCUAAUACAAGGAACACUGGUCUUUUGACAAAAUACUUGUGUAAAUUUUGAUACUGUAUUAAAACUAUUUUUUUAAAGUUCUGCAUAAAAUUGAGUAUCAAGUAUAUGUGUUCAUCUUAGCAAUGGUAAUAAAUUAUUUAAUCUCA